CUCUGGGAACUGUCAACGUCAACUGUCACGUAAAUUUCGCCUCCUGAGUCAAACUCUCUUUGUCACCUUUAAAUCAAAUUUUCAAUUAUUCACCUAUGGACAAGUUGUAGUGAAAUCGCCUCCGUUCCCUUCAAUACUGUCAGUGUCCAGUUCUAGUGUGCAUACAUUGCAUUUAUUGCCGACUUUUACAAUUUUCAAAUUCUAGCUGGUGUACAUGUGCAAACGUAGUGUGUCAGUGCGUGGUUGUGUCUGUGCUAUUGUGAUCUUUGAUCUCUGAGGAUUAACACACUCUAUUAUCGCCAUAGCGUAUUUGUUUACUUUCUUUCUAACCCGUUCUUCACGUCGUCACGUGUAAAUCCGCCUGACUCUCUCCACUCUAUACACAUCAGCCUUAUCAUGUCCGACGACAAUACCGAGACUUCUGCACAGGCAGCAACAAGAUUAUGCAAAGGAUGCAAAAAGGAUGUCAAAUCACCUAUCUGUUGCUACAAAUGCCUUGGUUAUUUCCAUCCCAGUUGCGCCCAAGCGACGAAAGUUACAAAGGCCAAUGGUAGACCGGCUGCAAGAUGCAAGUUUUGCACGGCCCAAGCUGCUGCCACAUACUCAACACCGGCUGCUCCCUUCUCCGUCGAUACCGCUGGAACUGUUACUCCUCUGCCUGAGGUUGGCACACCUGCAUCGCUUCUAGUUCCUCCCACAGGUUCGCCUUCGCUCGAAACGCUCCUUGCAGCUAUUGAAGCCUCUUCGAAGCAGUCGUUAGCUAUCAAUGCAAAACUUGACAAAUUGGUAACCUUGCCUGAUAAGGUUGGUGAACUUUCUACUAAAGUGAAAGGUUUAGAGGAAAAUUCGCACUCCCGUGCUCGAGAGUCCGCAGAGCUCUUGGCUAAAAUCGAUGGUCUGACCUUGCUGCCAGCUAAAUUAGAAUCGUUGACAUCGAAGUUUGAUCAGCUCUCAAUAUCCACAACGGAGAUGUUCAGCAGCCUCACGGCAAAAGUAGAGGAUCUCACCAACAAAAAUGCACUUCUCAGUACUCGUAUCGACAACCUCGAGGAUACCAGUAAAUCACAGGCGGCUGAGAUCACCCGUCUUGUGACAUCAAAUACCGAGUUAAAAUUGUGCAACACAAAUCUGACGGACAGGCUGGCGUCUCUGGAGCGAAACUCUUUAAACAGCGACUUAAUUAUCUCUGCAGUUCCCGAGCUAGAAGGCGAGGAUCUCUUGGCUACAUUUGGCGCCCUUACAACCCAACUCUCUGUUGACGUGCCGCCUACCGAUGUUCUGGAGAUUGGGCGCAUCAAAAGCACAUUGGAUUCCAACAAGCCUCGAUUGAUUCUAUGCAAACUCAGAUCCGUCCAAUGUCGGAAUCGCCUACUUGCCGCCAAAAGAGCUAAAGGCCCCAUUUAUGCAAAUCAGCUUGGCUUGCCGCACGAUCAGCCCCGGACUCCUAUUUUCAUCAACGAGCAUCUGCCCCCUACUCUUUCCAAAUUUCUAGGAAAGGUGAGAGCCUAUGCCAAGGAGAGAGGCUAUCGCUUCAUCUGGACCCGAAAUGGAUUAGUAUACGUCAAGCGGGAUGCGUCCUCUGAUCACAUCCUGAUAAAAUCUGAGGCCGAUCUUCAACUACUCUCGCAUCGUACUUGACUAAUGUCGAAGCCAUCUGAAUCUACCCUCGUUGGACUGGAUUGCGGCUCCACCUCUUCUAUUCCUGAUGCCACUCUCGACUGCAGUUUCUUUAAUAUCCCGAUCCUACCUCUAUCACUCCGGCAAUCCUCCUCUCUGGCGGUCUUCAAGGCUAAACUCUUCGAUCGGCUUUUCGCAUUGGAGUUAGCAGCCGUCAACCUAGCACCGUCGCCG